CGGUUUUAAGAUUUGGAUCAUUGAUGGACUGCAACAAAGAAGAGGCCUUAAGGGCCAAGGAAAUCGCGGAAAAGAAGAUAGAAAACAGGGAUUUUGUGGGGGCACGUAAGUUUGCUCUUAAGGCUCAGUCUCUGUAUUUGGUGAUGAGAUCAAUUGGUAUGGAGUUCUUCAUCUAUAAUGCACAGCUGGUGAUGCAAUGAUUAAGAAGCAGUUCCGAAAGUUUGCUCUUCAACUUCAUCCCGAUAAAAAGAAGUUUGCUGGUACAGAAGCUGCAUUUAAGCUGAUUGGAGAAGCUCAAAGACUGCUUUCAGACAGAGAAAAACGAACUAGGUAUGACAUGAAGCUUAAUGUGAACAAAACUGCUAUGCCGCCGCGUUCUAAUCAACCGAAGGUUCCUACAAAUUUCAAUUCUGCAAUGAAAAACAAUGUCAGGCCCAGUUUUACAAACUCGAAUACCCAGCAGCAGCAGAACGGUGUGCACCGUACUUUCUGGACUGCCUGCCCAUUUUGUUCCGUGAAGUAUGAGUACUACAGAGAAAUUUUGAAUAAAUCUCUUCGCUGUCAACAAUGCCAUGGGCUCUUCGUUGCAUGUAUUCUGGAUAUGCAUGGUACAUCACCAACAACUAACCCAAGUCAGCAAGCUUCCAAGGUGAAUGUUGGAUCUCAAGGUAACUCGCACGCUGAGAAGUCCAAUACAAAGCCUUUCAAGAAAAAAGUCCCUGUUGGUGUCUCUAGAAAGUCAGAUGUGAAGAGAAAGAGGAAUCAAGUGGAAGAAUUUAGUCAAAGCUCUGAUUCUACAAGCAGCAGUGAUUCUGAAGAUGAAAUAGUUGCUGGUAAGAAUGGUUUUCUAGGUGUAGGAGACCAUUCAACUGAGCAGCCACGUAGAUCUGUGCGACAGAAGCAUAAUGUUUCCUACAGUGUUAACAUGAAUGGCACUGACAAUGACUUAUUACAACCUUCAAAAACAGGUCAGGAGAAUGGAUCACAUUAUGGUGAUUGUCAAAGUCACGGGGAGACUGCUAAAACAAAUGAUUAGAAUGGUUUAGCAGCUGAUCCAAAAGAUGAACUUGAAAAGUUAAAACAGAAACAGGCGGAAAAGACAAGGGGAGGCGGAAAAGAAGCUGCGAAAGGGUCAAAGCAGAUGGAUAAAACUAUAGAGCAUUCUUCUCCAGGUUCAACCUCCAAGACAUCAAAUUGUCCGAAUGCUUAUGUUUAUCCUGAUGCAGAGUUCAGUGAUUUGACAAGGACA